GUCAGCUGUCAGCAUGUAGAUGUACUGCAGAUACAUCCACAAUCCAUGACAAACUCUGGGCGCCAAUAUCAUCGAACCGAACUGAGGGCUGUGUUUCACAUUUCGAAUAAUGUGUUGACAUCCGGCAACUCCAUACUCCAUAGUCCAUGCCGCGCCCACAAAGUUUCAACAAUGGACCUAUAAAAAUCAGAACAUCUGCAUGCGCAGCUUGAGCAGCUUGGGCUCCUGCGCGAAAGUGACCCUGCGCAUCGCAAUCGCGAAACGGAACCUGCUUGAGCACAUGGCGGGGGCACUGCUGCGGCUCGCCACCCAGGUCACGCCGCCGCUGCCGCUAGCCAGCGUGCAGCCGAGGCGGCAGCGCUGCAGACGCUCACCAGCACCAGCAGAGGCGGUGCCGCCGGUCCUGCCGCCUGUGCUGCUGCUGCUGCUGCUGCUGCUGCUGCUGCUGCUGCUGCUGCUGCUGCUGCUGCUGCUGCUGCUGGUCCUGGCGGUGCUGGCGGUGGUGACGGCGGUGCCGCCAGCAGCGGCGCGACGGCUGUUCCGGUCUAUCUGGUCUAUCUGGUCUAUCUGGUGGGCGCCAGCAGCUCGGUUAGUGUCAAUGUGAAUGCUUGGCGGAGCAGGCGGACAUGCUGUUGCAGCUGCGGAAGCGGCUGCACGAGACGCGGCAAAUUGCAGAGUCCAGUGUCAGAACACGACAGGAACAGAUGGCGGGCGUGUUGCGUGACAUCCUGGAACGCGGGGGGCAAAGGCUGGAUGAGGCGCGCGCGGGCACGAUGCUCUUCUGGCGGCGGCGUUGACAGGGCCUGCCGGGGCGGCCGCGGCGGCGGCGGCGGCCAUGCUGAUGACGCUCGUUCUUAUUACGAGUACAA